CUCCAAAACCAAAAACAAAAUAAAUAAAAAACACUGUAAAACAAAAAAACUCGAAAUCGAAAUAAGUAUGGAAUCUCCGGAGGAAAACAACGUCCGACAACCACUGCUGGAUAAUCCGGCGAAGAAAGAAGCGGAGGAAGUGGAGAGAUUAUGCAUAGACGAGAUGCUGCAGAGAUACUGCGGCGAGUUUGGGAGGUGGCAGAUGAAGCACUUCGUGCUGACGUGUCUUGCUUGGGCACUAGAGGCUUUCCACACGAUGGUGAUGAUAUUCGCCGAUCAAGAACCCGAGUGGAGGUGCGUCGGGUCGGAUUGUCGGGUCGGGUCAUCGUAUUGUGAUAUGGAUCCGGGUUCUUGGGAGUGGACGGAGGGUAAAGGGAGCUCCACCGUGUCGGAGUGGGGAUUGAUUUGCGGCGAUAAGUAUAAAGUUGGUCUCGUUCAAGCCCUCUUCUUCACCGGUUGCAUGAUCGGUGCGGGAGUAUUCGGACAUCUCUCGGACUCGAAGCUAGGAAGAAAAGGCUCACUAACCGUCGUGUGCAUCAUCAAUGCAAUCUUUGGGAUCGCGACAGCUUUCUCCCCAAACUACUGGACCUACGUGGUUCUCCGAUUCUUAACCGGUUUCAGCACCGGUGGUGUUGGCCUAACCGCUUUCGUCCUGGCCACUGAACCGGUAGGACCAAGCAAACGUGGUGUAGCCGGAAUGUCAACAUUCUACUUCUUCUCUUCAGGCAUUGCGCUUCUAUCUGGCGUUGCCUACGUUUUCAGGUCGUGGAGAGAGCUUUUCAUAGUCUCCUCAUUACCGUCUCUCUUGUUCUUGCUCAUUGUUCUCCCAUUCAUCCCUGAGUCUCCAAGGUGGUAUCUCAUUAGAGGCAAAGUAGACAAGGCCAUGGAACUGAUGCAUUCUAUUGCAAGAACCAAUGGGCGUCACAUUCCCGUUGGAGUCACUCUUGCUCUAGACGACGAUAAGGAAAAUGAAAACGGCCAGAGGAAUAACGCGGUUGAGGGAUCGCUAAAAGACGUUUUACAGUCGCCUCUGACGCGGAUCAGGCUUCUCUUAGCUAUCGCAAUAAGUUUCAUGGUGGCGAUUGUUUAUUACGGACUAAGCCUCAACGUAGGCAACCUCAAGACCAAUCUCUACCUCAACGUUUUCCUCAACGCAGUGACGGAAAUGCCAGCGUUUGGUAUAACGGCGGUUUUGUUAGACCGGUAUGGGAGGAAACCGUUGACCAUAGGGACACAGUGGUUCAGCUGCGUUUUCUGCGUUGUUGGUUUCGUUGUUGGAGGAGUUGGUCCUUGGAAAGUGGUUAGGAUGGUUUCAGGGGUUUUAGGGAUAUUUGGAAUGGCUGGAACGUAUAAUCUGCUUUUCAUAUAUAUAGCGGAGCUGUUUCCUACGGUUGUGAGAAACGCUGCUUUGGGUUGCGCGACUCAAGCGUCUCAAAUGGGAGCGAUUCUUGCGCCGUUCGUGGUGGUUUUAGGGGAGGGUUUGCCGUUUGGAGUGUUUGCGGUUUGCGGUUUAGUUGGAGGUGGGCUUGCUUUUUACUUGCCCGAGACGUUGAACAAGCCGUUGUAUGAUACGAUGUUUGGGAUGCACGAAGCUGAGAGUGAGAGCAAUAGAGGAAGACAAGUACUGUGUUAACUGUUUAAAAGAACAAAGAUUCUAGAAUCUACUACACAAUGACGCGGAAACAUAAGUUGAGAUCUUAGGAAUAGAUGAUUUGGUUUCUUUUUUUUAAUACUUGUUUCUAGUCUCAUGUGUUAUGAUUUUGAAUCAAAGUCCUUGGUUUUGACUA